CCCAGUCAGUCGGCGUUGUGUAGGCCGAACGCGUACGCCCUAUUGCGAUGACUUUAUCUAUCAAUUAUUUUUUAAUUGGCGCGAGUGUAAGCCGACUAAAUUAUAUACGUUUCUUUUUUUGAAUUUAGAACAUAUUUUUUUUAAUAAGAUUAAAUUAGAACGUACAGUUUGAAAUUUGUAUUUUUCAAUAAUUAAGUAUUUUAUUUUUUAAAAUGCGCACGAAAAUAAUCUGUUGUUUGUGGACAAGUGUUACUGAAAAUAGUGUUGUGAAAACCUUUUUUCCGGUGUCGAUAUUUAGUCAAAAUGUUUUCGAAGCAUGUGCGGUUUCAUAGAGCAGCGCCAAUUGGAUUCUUAUAAGCGAGCCGGCGAGGCUCACCGCGGUACGCGCCGCUCUCCGCGGCGGACAUCAUGAAGGAGAAGAGCAAGAACGCGGCGCGCUCUCGGAGGGAGAAAGAGAACACAGAAUUCCUGGAGCUGGCCAAGCUGCUGCCUUUGCCGUCGGCGAUCACCUCACAACUCGACAAGGCGUCAGUCAUACGGCUCACCACUAGCUACCUUAAAAUGAGACAGGUCUUCCCUGAUGGUCUGGGCGACGCGUGGGGUGCGGCGCCCCCACCUCUACAGCCCCGGGAGCUCACGAUCCGGGAGCUGGGUUCGCACCUGCUCCAGACCUUAGACGGGUUUAUCUUCGUGGUCGCGCCAGACGGCAAAAUCAUGUACAUCAGCGAAACAGCCUCUGUUCACCUUGGACUCAGCCAGGUGGAGCUUACAGGAAAUUCUAUCUACGAGUACAUCCACCAGUCGGACCACGAGGAGAUGAGCGCUGUUCUAAGUCUGCAGCAUCCACACUCAUAUCUCGGACACCAGUACCCUUCUAUAGGCUACCCCGUGGGCGGUACGUGGGCGCCGACGGUGGACAUAGAGUGUGAGCGCGCCUUCUUCAUCAGGAUGAAGUGUGUGCUCGCCAAGAGGAACGCCGGCCUCACUACAGGUGGAUACAAGGUGAUACACUGUUCGGGGUACCUGCGGGCGCGCCGUUUUGGCGAGGGCUCCGCACCACUGGGCCUCGUCGCGGUGGGCCAUUCGCUGCCCACAUCCGCCGUCACAGAGCUCAAGCUACACUCAAACAUGUUCAUGUUCCGUGCUUCCCUGGACAUGAGACUUAUAUUCCUGGACGCAAGAGUCGCCUCGCUUACUGGUUACGAGCCCCAAGACAUGAUAGAGAAAACGCUUUACCAAUACAUACAUGGCACAGAUGUCCUGCACAUGAGAUAUUCACAUUUAACAUUGUUAACAAAAGGGCAAGUGACGUCAAGGUACUACCGCUUCCUGACCAAGUCCGGGGGGUGGGUGUGGGUGCAGAGUUACGCCACGAUCGUACACAACUCCAGGUCCUCGCGGCCGCACUGCAUCGUCUCAGUCAACUAUGUGCUAAGUGACAUCGAAGAGAAGAAUUUGAUACUCAAUUUAGACCAAGGUCCACCUAAGCUGAGCAACCAUGUAGACCCGUCACCUCCAGCCCAGGCACCACCCACCACAUCGCCCCAAGUUCCUCUGAGAAAUGACAAAAUUCACAACCACAUUUUAAACGAAAGUGACUUUAGCGGCGACUCGAGUGGAGGUUACAAUUAUCCUGAAUAUUCAUUGCCAGUUCUCCCCUCAUACGAGGCACAAGAAGAAUAUAAUCAAAAUGGAAGUUAUCCUGAACUAUUCUACAGCGAUAACUACCAAGACACAAGUGAAAUGAUACCAAAUUACGUUGGCUAUCCACAAAAUCAGAGACCUUACUCCGCGAGCAGUUCCUCUUGUAGUUCAAUGGAAAGUUCAGAAGUAAAUCAACAGUAUAAUUAUACGAAUUUAAUUACUUUUUACGGACAUAACGGCCAGAGUCAGAACGGGAGGCCGGUUGACAAUAAUUUUGGCGCUAAUUUCGGUAAAAUGACGCCUAGCCCAUCUGUGCAAGAAGGUUACACGAGUGUCAUUGUAGAUAACACGCAACAGUUUCAUCACCAAACAGGCAAUGUCGAUGAAUUCGUGCAUUAAGCUGAUAGGUAUUAACUUAAUUUAAUUUUUAAACAUUAACCCUAUUAAUCAUAAAAAACUUAAAACAUACUUUAUACUAAAAUAUAUUUUGUCUCUGUCAAUUUAAAUUUUAUAAAGUGCAAUAGUGACAAAACAUAUUUUAGCAUAAUGUAUGUUUUAACUUUUUUUAUGAAUAACAUUGUACAAUAAUUAGUAUUAGUAAUAUUUAUGUAAAAUAUCUAACGGAAUACAAUGACAUAAGUAUAGCAUUGAAUAAUUUACCCGCGACGAAAUGAGCUUAAAGUUACAUUUUAUUUAUAAAAAGUUUUUCAAAAAACAAAUAAAACCAUAGAGAUAAUAAAAUACUUUUUCUGUCAGGAUGAAUAACGUUCUUGCUUGAAACAUUCGAAUUAAGUACAUUGCCUCGUUCUGUCACCAUCAAUUUAUCGGAAAGAUAUUGGUAACUAAAACACUUUUAUGAAUAAGACUAUAAUUACAGUUUAACCUAGCUAGGUACUUCAAUUUCAUAAAAAAUACUAUAAGAAUUGCUUACCUAUAUUCUAUUUUUUUUUAAUUUGUUCUAAGCUAUGACUGCAUAAUAAAAUGCUUAAUCAUUAAUCAAGCGAAUUAAAGUUAGUAAUUAUGUUAUGUACUUAUAAAUAUUAUGUCGCGAAAUUAAAAAAAAAAUAGUGGUACUUACAUCACUACGACCGCCUAUUUUUUUCGAAAAUAUAUUCUAGUAAAACAAGUUCACGGCGAGUGUUCUAAACUCGAACGCCAUUGCGUAAUUAAUUGCUUUUCGUAGCCAACCAAUCACAUUGCGCCAUACCUACUCACUUUUUACACUGGAGACAAACGGAAAGCAGAGGCUAAAAGCCUCAUACGAGUGCUUAGUGUGAGCGCAGCCAACCAAUCAUAAUGUGGCGUUGUAGUCGUCAAGUCAAAAUGCCGCGCUGUGAUUGUUGACUGAAUUUCCGACGAGCGAAUUCGUAUUCGUUCAGUUAUCGAUUAGAAAGAAAUAAAUGUUCAUCCUCACAUGUGGUGUGAUUCCUCAGAUAUACAAACAUUACACUGAAGUGUUUUUAUAUAGCUGUGUGUGAUUCUUAGUUUUCAAUACAAAACUCCGUUUAACUGCAUUAGUUAAUCUGUCAAGAAAGUGAAGAAAAUAAACGAGGGCACUGUCUCCUGUUGGUCAGCAAUACUGUGUGUAAAUCAAUCAAGGAUUUAGUAAGUACUUCGUACAACGGAGUACCUACUAAUUCCAUGAUAAACCAAUCUUGACCAUUAUAUUUGGUAUUGCAAUGGUAAAAAAAUGUAGUUCGUCAAAAAUCCGUUUUCUUCAUUUUCUUGACAGAUUUGUAUAUUUAUUUAGAAAUAAGAAAUAUUAAUAACAAAUUAAAUAGAUGGCUGCGUCAGAUAACUAUAAUUUAUUUAUAUAAUUUUUAAGUAAAAAAGAGAGGCACGUGUAUUGGGCACGGAAAUUGUGACAAAUUUAUGUUACGUUCGUAAUAUUUAAUGAAAUUGAAUACAAUUUGUAAUGUGCAAAUGAAAAAGCACUACAACCAUACAUUAAGUAGAUAUUUACCUUCUUUAUACAUAUUAUGACCCAUAUAAUAUAUAAGACUUUUUGCAAACUUCUUGUAAAUUUUGUACAUAUUAAUUUUAGUCAAACUAGAUUUAUACAUUUUAUUUACACUUUACUAUUCAUACACCAAUAAAAAUAUACAGGUUAUAUUAUAUUAUGUCUUUGUCACUUUUAUUAUUGUCUAUCACUGAUUUAAACACCUCUUCAUAUUCUACUUGAUUUGUACACUAAUAUUAUUUUUAUUUGGUGUUUCGAUGUACAUUUCUGGUUUUUCCUUGCGAUAAAUAGAAACUGUCAUACAAAUUACGCAAGGUAUAAUAAAAAUUUGCGUUAGCUGUGGCAAUAAUGUGGCCGGCGUGAAAUCGGUAGACAAGUCCAGAAACAAUAUGUGGUGUCCAUGGAUUUAGUAAGUACUUCGUAGUACCUACUAAUUCCAUAGUGGUAUCAAUAACAGUUCGGCCAUAUUAUUGACAGCAUCUGUAGCACUGCGUCCAAGACUUCUUUCGUGGACAUGGGUAGUGGUGGCCGAAUCCAAAUUCCCCGAGAUAUGGCAUUUUGGCACGACCCGGCAAUUAACGAGUGCGACUUUGCUCAUUUCAACGUCGAUUCGAUUCACAGUGAGACGCAGCCAACCAACCACAGUGCGCCAUAGUGACGUAACAACAAACACACCGCAAUGUUUUCGACACACACACAUCCAUCCUACGAUGUUUUUAGUGUUUAUAGUUACUUAUCGCGAAGUUUAUAGUUACUUAACAUUCAAACUGCGUGUUCAAUUAAUCUACACAUAUAAGAACAUUACUUAUCUGUAGAUUAAUCGACAUAAAAUAAGCGACGGCUGGUGGCUGGCAACACUGUGUGUUUUUCAACCUAUCUCGACUUGACCUAUAUAUAUUUUGGUAUUGCAAUGGCAAAAAAAAAUAGUUCGUUAAAAAUUGUUUUCUAAACUUUUGACAGAUCUGUGUGAAUUUUAUGUAAAAUACUAAUAAAUCCAAUGUAGUUAAGUAGUAUGACGUAGACGUGUACUAUAGUCUAAGAUGUAUCUUCGAAACAAACGAAUUGUGAUAUAAAACAUAUUAUUUAUGGUAUUAAAUACAGUGCAUCGAAA